GUCUUUCCUAUAAACUUAGUGGAUCAUUUUCCAGUCCAGUUCUUCAGAUGAGCAACAAAAGAGGUGGUGGUGGCACAUUUUAUAGAAACUUCGAUUUUUAUUUGAAUGGUAAAAAAGGAACCGGUGUUUAUAUAACAAGGAAGAUCUCCCAAGUGCUACAGCAGAGAAUUUCAACCCCGGUGGAAUCGAAAAUUUCAGUUUUAAUGUCACCGUUAACUGUCUCAAUUUCAAGUGAGGCAUGUCAAGUAUCAGAAAUAACGGGAGGAAAAGGUUCAUCGUUGGGAAAGCUAACAGAGUUAAGCAAGGAUACGCGUACCUUUACAGUUCCUAGUGGUAUAGUGGUGACAACAAUGGCUUACAAAACGUUUAUUACUGAGGAUAUUCUUGCUAAAAUUAAGAAGUUGGAAGAUGUUCUUUAUGGUAAAGUGGAAGGAAAUGUAAAAGAAGUAUGCGAAAGUUUACGUUUAGAUAUAGAAAACACUGAAAUUCCGAAAGCAUCGAGAAAGGCUAUUGAAAUGGGCUUGCAAAGAGUAUUUGGAGAAAACUUUUACUCGCUGAAAUUUGCCAUUCGAUCUUCAGCCACGGGUGAAGACACAGAACAAAUGUCUGCCGCUGGUCAGAUGGACACUUUCUUAGGUGUCUUAGGACUAAAUGAAAUUCUAUAUGCUGUAAAAAAGUGCUGGGCAUCGCAGUUUGGAUAUGUUGGAAUUCAAUACAAGAGGCGUUACGGUCAGUGUCUGAAUUCUCCCAUGGCUGUUGUCAUUCAAGAGAUGGUUCCCUGUGAUGUUGCCGGGGUUCUUUUCACUUGUGAUCCUCUCACAGGAAAUCCAACAAUUAUGACCAUAACUGCAAACUAUGGCUUAGGAGAG